AGAUUUCAGAACCAUUGGUUGCAUGAUUCGGUGCAAUCUGACGGCUCAUUAAAAUUUUUAGCAUCUGAUUUGUACAGUUUUGGUCUUUAAUCUUAAUCUACUCAAACUCGAGACAUUCUCUUUUAGGUUCAAACAACACAAUUUCAAGUCUUCAACGGAGAAUCCCACGGUGAAAAUCUACUUUCUAACGGUACUUAUCAACUGUCAGAACCAUGUCAACGUCGCAUCACCCAUCGGACAUGGACUCCGCCGCCGGCACACUCAACUCAUCCCCUCGCUCCGAUCAUGACCCUUUUCACGAUUUCCAGGGGCGGGUGCGUGUCAUGUGCAGUUUCGGCGGUAAGAUCGUCCCUCGACCGCACGAUAACCAGCUCCGUUAUGUCGGCGGCGACACCCGUAUCGUCGCACUCAACCGAUCCAUCACCUUCUCGGGUUUCCUCUCGAAACUGUCCAAACUCUCAGGAAUUAGCAACGUGAAUGUUAAGUAUCAAUUACCAAAUGAAGAUCUUGAUGCUUUGAUCUCUGUGACUACCGAGGAGGAUCUGGAAAACAUGAUGGAUGAAUACGAUCGGUUGGCGCAGAAUCAGAAUCCGAGGUCGGCCCGGCUCCGGUUGUUUCUGUUCUCUAAAGGGAACGAUUCUCGAACCAGUAGCAUCAGCUCGCUCCUUGACGGCUCCACUAAUCGAGAGCACUGGUUUUUUGAUGCGCUAAACAGUGGUGGCGCCGGUUCGGGCUCUGGGCUCGUGCGGGUUCGAUCAGAGGUUUCGUCGACCGUGUCAGAAGUGCCCGAUUAUCUAUUCGGGUUGGAUAAUUCCGAUGAGAGUCAGCCUCGCGAACCGAAAUCGAAGACCCGUCCGGUUCUUAAUGAGAAUGUGUCGGUCUCCGAUCCUGGGUCGCCUGCUGCGGUGGUUUCCUCUCCGUUUUGCUCUACCUCUUCUCCGCCGAUUGUACCUACCACGCCGGACCUUCCACCGGUGAAGACCAAACCUGAUAAUCAAGACCCCGUCGUGGACUCCAAGCUGACCCAAACUCAGACCGGAGAAUUUGUGGAGCGACCGGUGACGACACAACCCACCGGGUAUACGGGUAAUCCGACGUGGCAUUAUAUUCCGGAUACUCACUAUUCGGGUCCUAGUCCCACCCUACCCCAAAUACCGGUUUAUUAUGUUCCGGGUCCGGUUCCACCAGGAACUGCUCCGGUCCAACCUGUUCAAUUCCAAGCACAACAUAUCCCGCAGUACACGGUUCCGGUUCCGGGUCAAGUACCUAUCGGGUACAGUCAACCCGUUCCCGGUGUUGGUCAAGUUUACCGGCCAGCUGUAGCAACAAUGGAUCCUUAUGACACGGCGGCGAUGAGAGUUGUCCUGGAUGCAGGGCAGCAGCAGGUAUAUUAUGGAGUUAGAAAUGCAAGUCCUGUUCCAGUGUACCCGGGUAUGGUAGUGCCGGGUGGGGAAGAAUUUGUUCGUGAUGGUUUGGAUGCAACUCCGGGUCGGAUUUCUCAAUCGGGUAGCAAGUUUCAAUGAUAAUAGAUGGUGGUUUCCUAUAAAAUAAUUUCCUUUUGGUGCAUUAAAUUUCAUGUAAAAUAUUUGUUCUUGAGUGAUUGAUUACUGAAUUGUAAUUAGCUGAUGCUGUUUUGGAUUUUAAAGUUUAUAUGUGUGGAUGAGGUUUUGGAAGUUGAAUAAAGUGGGGAACGCAAG